GCCGUGUUAACGGUGUUCAGUCAGCGUGACUGCAGGUGAGCCGCGUUUAAAAGUAGCAGUUUCUGUCGUCGGGAACGAAAUCCAACCGCCAUAAAACCUCAAAGAAGACGAGGAAGAAGAAGUCGGAAACGAACUGAGGAACAAGAGGCUUCACUGACACAUCGGAGAGGAAGCUGCAGGACAACCUUGGAGAAAGGGACAUUGUUUAUCAUCCCCUCGCUCUUCGUAUGUUUCUUUCUGUUUCACUGAGUCAGAAUGAGGCUGAAGAUGGAUGUGAGUCCAGUAGUGGUCGUCAUAUUCAGGCUGGUGGUUUGGCUGUACUCUCUCAUCUCUUACUUGCCGUACCUGUUGCUGAGAUCGUCCGACUCGCAGUCGUUCUCCGAGUGCUCACGGAGGGUGAAGGCCCGUUCUGUGAGCGGACACCCUUCGGGACCAUACCGGGACAUCGGAGCGCUCAGGGUGCUGGCCACAUGCCUACAGCCCGGGGUGAGCACACUCGAUCGGGUGUUUGAAUCGUCCGUAUGCCGCUUUCCUCACUUCGACUGCCUGGGAACCAGAGAUCUGCUGAGUGAGGAAGAUGAAACUCAGGAGGAUGGAAGAGUCUUCAAGAAGGUGAUUUUGGGAGAGUAUCACUGGAUGUCGUAUGAUCAGGUGUAUAAAGAAGUGAGAGCUUUCGGCAGCGGUUUGGCUGCUCUAGGAACGAAACCUCUGAAAAACAUCGGCAUCUUCUGUGAGACGAGAGCAGAGUGGAUCAUAGCGGCGCAGGCCUGUUUCAUGUACAACUUCCCAUUGGUCACUCUUUACUCUACUCUGGGUGGUCCUGCUAUUGCUCAUGGACUCAAUGAAGCUGAAGUUUCUCACAUCAUCACCAGCAAAGAACUUCUGGAAACCAAACUCAAGAAUAUUUUGUUAGAGGUGCCAAGAUUACAACACAUCAUCGUUGUGGACGAUAAACUCAAGAUCGGCUCUGAAUACCCACGAGGCAUCAGUGUCCACAGCAUGGCGGCUGUGAAGAGGCUGGGGGCCCAUCCUGAGAAUGCGUCGAGGCAGAGACGGCCUCCGUGUGCGUCUGAUGUGGCUGUGAUCAUGUACACCAGCGGCUCCACUGGCGUGCCAAAAGGAGUCAUGAUCUCUCACAGUAAUAUUAUUGCUGGAGUCACCGGCAUGGCCGAGAGGAUUCCCAGCCUCGGGUAUGAAACACAUCCACACAUACUGUACAUGCUAACAUCCUGUCAUCUGUCGUCAUUCACUAAUGUGUUUGUAGAUAUUUCCACCAAGAUAAAGAAGGGAAGCAAAGGAGACAUUAGCGUCCUGCGGCCCACUUUAAUGGCAGCAGUACCAGAGAUAAUGGAUCGGAUCUACAAGAAUGUGAUGCUGAAAGUGGAGGAAAUGAGUGUUUUUCAGAGGACUCUUUUUCUGUUGGCCUACAACUAUAAGAUGGAGCAGCUUGCGAUGGGAUACAGCACACCGCUGUGUGACAAACUGGUCUUCCAGAAGGUUCGGGCGUUGUUAGGUGGCCGUUUGCGGGUGUUAUUGUCAGGCGGAGCACCUCUGUCUGCCACAACCCAGCGGUUCAUGAACAUCUGCUUCUGCUGUCCUGUAGGACAAGGCUAUGGCCUCACGGAGACCUGCGGCGCUGGGACCAUCAGCCAGCUUUGGGAUUACAGUACAGGACGAGUUGGCGCUCCGCUGGUUUGCUGUGAAAUUCAGCUGAAGGACUGGAUAGAGGGUGGAUAUCACAGCACGGACUGGCCUUGUCCGCGAGGGGAGAUUCUGGUCGGUGGGCCCAACGUAACAAUGGGUUACUACAAGAACAAACAGAAGAACAGUGAGGACUUCUUCAUGGAUAAGAAAGGCCAGCAGUGGUUCUGCACCGGAGACAUUGGCGAGUUUCAUGGAGACGGCUGUCUGAAGAUUAUCGACCGUAAGAAAGACCUGGUGAAGCUUCAAGCGGGAGAAUACGUGUCUCUGGGAAAAGUGGAGGCCGUUUUGAAAAACUGCCCACUUGUUGACAACAUCUGUGCCUAUGCCAACAGUGAUGAGUCUUAUGCGAUUGGCUUUGUGGUGCCCAAUCAGAAGCAGCUUCGGGCACUGGCUGAGAGGAAGUGUGUCAGAGGUUUGUGGGAGGAGCUCUGUAACAACCCCGUCAUCGAGGAGGAGGUGCUUAAAGUCAUCACAGAAACAGCACUGACAGCCCAAUUAGAAAGAUUCGAGAUCCCACGGAAGAUCCGGCUGAGCGUUGAGCCCUGGACCCCAGAGACCGGCCUGGUUACAGACGCUUUUAAACUCAAACGAAAGGAGCUAAAAUCUCACUACCAGAACGACAUUGAGAGGAUGUAUGGUGCCAAAUAGAGCCAAACCACUGCUGAUUCGACAAAACCACUAGACAGGCAAGAAAAUGUACUUAUCUCACUAUAGCAACCUCCAAUCAGGAUGGAGAUUUCCAAUGGACGUUACAGACAUGAACAUAAUCGUUUGGAAAUGUUUUCAUACAGUGUGAUGACCAACAAUCACAACCAGCAGUACUUAAAAUUGCCAAGAGUGAUGUUAGCCAUGCUAACUUCUGCCAGACUUAGCUGCUAAAUUAAAGCUGUUAAAUCCCUUCCAAAUACACACAUGCUCUCCAAAACCCUGCAAUGUCAACAAAUCAGAAGUGAAAUAACUGAAAAGCAAAAAGGUUCAGUGCUGUUACAUGCAUCCAAAUAAUCCAAUAAUAAUGGCUCAAUCAGACUGAAAACCUUCAUGUAAACACCUCGAUUGAGCCGACUGAGCUUGAUCCAAAUAACAUUUCGAUCAGAUUGAAAUAGGUGGUGUAGACCUAAAAAAAAUCUGUUAAAUCGGAAAAAAUUCAGAUGAUCAGAUUCAAAAAUAGCUUGCACAUUUGUGCAAUGCAGAGAAGUGUUUUACGUCAUACAAACGUGUUUAUUCAUGUGUCACAUUUAAUGAACUGGUCAGUUGAGGAGACAGAAUAUGUGCUAACAAUAUUUGCUAAAAAACAGUUCUAACAUGUCAGUUUUUGUUUUAGAAAUCAAGGCAAAAACUGCAAUUAUGCUUGCUGCACAAAAGAUUAGUGCAUGUAAACAUACUUAAUGUGAUUUCUCAGGACAUUUUUAUGCAUGUUAUUCCCCAAAAAAGCUUUAUCAUGGCUUUAAAUCUCCAAAAGUCAGUUUCACAGUAGGUCAAUCUCGCUCUGUGUCGCACUUAACUGUCCCAGUUCUUGUUGAUCCCCAUACACAAACGAUGCAUUAUGGGAUGUUUUUCUAAUCUUACAUUCUCAUUGAAACCUUCAGGUUCAAACAAAUACAACUCGUAGAUAUCUUUAAUGAAACUCUUCCAGCAUCAGUUUACAUCAGCAA